GAAUAUAAUAAAAUAACAAAAUUAUGUCUGUGGUACAAAUGACUAUGGAACAACUCAAAGAAUUGGUUGAAUCAAUUCGUUCAGCUGUUGUAGCUGCUGCUCCUGCUGCAGCACCAGCCCCAAUGCACUCCAAGGGUAGUUUCACCAGCUGUGAAUCUCGUUUCGGUGGACAACGUGACCACGAUGCUGUGGAACAAUUCAUCACUUCCGUUGUGACAUUCAAAGAUAUUGAAAAUAUUACCGAUGAAGAUGCAUUGCGUGGAUUGUCUUUGUUAUUUUUUGGACUAGCUUCGACUUGGUGGCAAGGUGUUAAAAGGGAAGCUAAAACUUGGAAUGAUGCUCUCGAGUUAAUUCGUAGCCAUUUUUCACCUUCAAAGCCAGCCUAUCAGAUUUAUACAGAGAUUUUUCAAACUAGCCAGUCGCCGGGUGUUGCUAUAGAUACAUUUGUUUGUCAAAAACGAGCUUUGUUAGCUCAACUUCCGGAGGGUCGACACAACGAAGAGAAUGAAAUUGAUUUCAUUUAUGGGUUAUUGAAUGUCAAUUAUCGCAAACAUAUUGCUAGACAUGAUGUUAAGACGUUUAGGGAGCUAUUGGAGAAGGGACGUUCUAUUGAACAUACAACUGCUGAAGGUUAUCAAGUUUCGGCUGCUCAGAAUGAUAAUGCUCCAACUGCACCGAAUGGCAAUUAUAAUGCAAAUGACAGACCAUCGUGUACUCAUUGUGGCAAGAGGGGUCACAUGGUUGAUAAUUGCCGCAAGAAGAAACGCACAAUGUAUCGAGAUGCACCUAUCUAAGUUUUAAAAACAAAUUUUUGUUGUUUUUUGUAAAUAUUGAAUAUAAGAUUUAAAGAU